AGCCGUUCCAUCUCGCCCCGUAGCAGAGCCUGCCCAAGACAGCACACCGCAAGUCUAUCAUACUCCCGCACAGCACGCCACGAUCACCCGCCCGCGAAAUAUGCAGCUCGAAGAGCUCGUGCGCAGCGAAUACGCUGCUGAAAGCGACCGCAUGAGUGCCGUGCUGGCUGCGAUGGGGUUCACGGACAAGUCCUGGAAGAAUAGCGAGGCGCUCGCCAAGGAGAUGGGCCAUCUGUAUCAAUCCAUGGACUGCAGCGAUGCUUCGACUGGCGUGAUCCUGGCAGCGAUUGCCGACAUCCAUGUGCGAGAGAGUCGCCUCGAGCGGGAAAUCGGGCAACUCGGCCGUACCAAGGACACAUUGUCCAAGAGAAUAUCAAUGAUGGAAGCACGGAGAGAAGAGGCGCAGAGGCUGCUCAAGACCGUCGACGACAGAGACAGCCAGAAGGCCGAGCAAACCCUGCUCCAGAGCUGGAGGACACAGUGCAUCGUCAUUGAUGAGAAGCGCCAGGAGUAUCACGAUCGAAUUACGGAUAUGGAGAGCCAUCUCAGUCCCGAGAGCGCCGAUCUGCGCUUCAGCACGCUCAAAUCGCUCGAGUCGGAGGUGCUCCAGCUGGCAUCUGAUCUGGGCGUCGCUCAAGACCAGCUCGGCAGCUACAGAGAUUUGCCUCCGGAUAUUCGCCUGGCUCGAAUGCAGCUCGGAGAGAAGAAGCAGGAACUGGCUCGGCUCAUCGACCGGAAGGAAGAGGUUCUCACAAACAUUGCCAAGGAGAUUCGUUGAAGGCGGCCUUGGAGACUGCCGCAGAUCUGCACGGGACUGCCAAGCCCAGUGACGCUGUCGCCUGGAUGCUAGAUAGAUUCUGGGCGCUGGAGGGCAUUCUGAUUCGUGGCGCCCGGAUACAGACAGAGCCGCAGACCUCGACGAGCACGGAUCGACCCGAUUCAUUUCCACCGAGUGUAUAGAACUUGCGACUGGUCCUCCCUGUUGGAGUAUUCCCAGCAUCCAGCAU